ACAUGGGAGCUGCGACAGGCAGUCUAACUGUUCCUGUUUUGCAGGUGUGGGCUAGGUAUAUAGGUGAAGCUGACGAAGUGUAGACAUGGGAUGUUUAGUUCAGUUUUUAAUUAUAUUCUUUAUACAAAGAAUUUCUGCCAUCUCUAAUGAACGACAAGCAAUCAUUAAAAGUACAUUGGAUCGUUUAUUAGAGGAAGAUUACGAUAUUCGGUUACGUCCACAAUAUGGCGCCGAUCCGCUGUCAGUUGGGAUGAGCAUUCAAGUUGCCAGCAUUGACAGUGUGUCAGAAGUUAACAUGGAUUAUACAUUGACGCUUAACUUCCAACAAUCGUGGAGGGACGAGCGCCUUGCGUUUGAUGGACUUAACCUAAAUCUAACAUUGGACAACAGGGUAGUGGACAAAAUAUGGGUACCGGACACCUACUUUGUUAACGACAAGAAGUCUUAUAUCCACACGGUUACGAGAAGCAAUAAGAUGUUACGUAUUGAAGAAGAUGGGACGAUAUUUUACGGGCUCAGAGUGACAACAGACCUAGCGUGUAUGAUGAACUUGAGACGUUAUCCAAUGGACGAACAGAACUGCACGCUUGAGAUUGAGAGCUACGGUUAUACAACUGAUGAUAUUCGUUUCCAUAUGCUGGGGGACAUUGGGGUGACGGGAGUUGAAAACUUGAAGCUGGCUCAAUUCAAAGUCACAAACUCCAGGCUUUUGAUAAAAAACAUUACUUUUGCUACAGGAUCUUAUCCACGAGUGUCGUUAAGUUUUCUCUUGAAACGAAACAUUGGUUUCUUUAUAUUGCAAACAUACCUACCAUGCUCGCUUAUUACAAUUCUGAGUUGGGUUUCAUUUUGGAUCAACCACGAAGCGACGGCCGCUCGCGUUGCGUUGGGUAUUACCACCGUGCUUACUGUGACAACAAUCAGUACAAACGUUCGGCAAUCUCUUCCAAAGAUCCCCGACAUCAAAGCGCUUGAUGUUUAUCUGAUUUGUUGUUUUGUCUUCGUGUUCCUCGCCCUGCUGGAAUACGCGAUGGUCAAUUGUACGUAUUACGGCAACAUGGCCCGACAGACGAAGGCAAAACUUCGGCGGAAGCUUACAGAAGCCCUCGAGGCAGAAGAAUCAGCAAAAUCUGCGAACUUCGCCGCCCAAUUUAGUGGAGGUUCAAAAGAAACAAUACGUUAUUGUGACGAAGAGUCCACGUCGCCGGGUUCAAUUCACCAGAUAGCUGCCGGGUGGUCGGACAAUGAGGAAAAUGCGAUCCGACAUAUUUCUACUUGUCCACAUGCAAAUCACGCGCGCCCUCUACCGACAAGACGUAGGAACGUGGGAUUUAAUGUCGCGACACAGGGCCGGGCACGCGGUAUGCACAACGCCGCGAAUGGCAAACGUAGAGGGCAGCCAAGCAGGAACUCCGUUGGAAAGAAAAGAAAGGGUUACGCAUCUCGGGCAAAGAAAUCUCUGUCGGCUUUGAAAGUUCCUAAGAUAAGCGACGUCAGCAUUAUAGACAAAGUGGCAAGAGUGGCGUUCCCAGCGUCUUUCGCAAUUUUUAACUUUGUCUACUGGACCUACUACAUUUUCUUUUGAGUUGCCAUCACAGUGGGUCUUAUUUUUAAUUGGGCGGAUUCCUCGUCACCUUACAGUUGCUCCACAGGCGUAUGAGGUUCUGGUCGGUAGAAAAUCUGCUAUGGAACCUUCGCGAACACGAGCGCCGUCUAACGGAUGUAAAUACAAUUAAAAUGAACUAUAUUCCAUUUGACUCUGAAUCGAAUUGCUCGUAAAUGUGAAUUAAAUUUACUGUUAAAUGUUUAUUUUGUUAAUAUACUUUAAUUUUUAUCAUUUAAAUUAAGGUUAGCGUUAACGGUAUAUCAAUACGUCUUAUUUUACUUACCGUAAACACUGAAUACAAACUUUAUUCAUCAA